CGUCUCUCGAGGACAGAGUGCGAUAUCAAAUCUCUCGCCCACUCUAUUUCAAGACCAAACCUCUCUCUCUGUAGUGAAAGCAACUCUCUUUGUCGGAGCAGCAGCACAGCAAUGGCGGAGAAGUCGAGCUUCUUCUUCGUCCAUUUCAGCUUUCUUCUGCUUCUCCUCCUGAGUAUUAUAACAUGUUGCGAGGGAGUGCGGCGUUCAUCGGAGAGGACACUGAUGGACGGCCAGGAUCUCCCGAGGCCUCUGAAGCUGACGUUUGGUGGGCCUUCACGGAAUUGGACUGACGCCAUUCCCAUCGGCAAUGGCCGCUUCGGUGCUACGAUCUGGGGCGGCGUCUCCUCCGAGACUCUCAACCUCAAUGAGGACACAAUUUGGACUGGAGUUCCAGCAGAUUACACGAACCCGAAUGCGCCAGAAGCAUUAGCACAAGUUAGGAAGCUUGUUGAUGACAGAAAAUAUGCUGAAGCUACUUCAGAAGCUGUCAAAUUAUCAGGCCAUCCUUCUGAUGUUUACCAGCUAGUGGGAGAUUUGAAUAUAGACUUUGACAGUUCACAUCGUAAGUACACUCAAGACUCUUAUCGACGUGAACUCGAUUUGGAGACAGCAGUAGCUAAAGUAAGCUACUCGGUUGGGUCUGUGGAGUUCUCAAGGGAGUUUUUCGCUUCUAAUCCGGAUCAAGUAAUUGUAGCCAAGAUCUCUGCAAGCAAACCGGGUUCUCUGUCUUUUAAGGUGUCUUUGGACAGCGAUUUGCACCAUCAUUCCGAGACAAAUUCCAAGGCCAAUCAGAUUCUGAUGCAGGGAAGUUGUCGCCCAAAGCGUCUUCCUGUGAACUUAAACAAAAGCAUCAACGCUACGAAUAUACCGUAUGAUGAUCACAAAGGAUUGCAGUUUGCAGCCAUUCUUGAAGUUAGGGUAAGCAAUGGUGGCUCUGUGACUUCCUUAGGUGGCAAGAAACUAAGUGUUGAAAAGGCGGACUGGGCGGUUCUGCUUCUGGCGGCUUCAUCUAACUUUGACGGGCCAUUUACGAUGCCUGCUCAUUCUAAGAGAGACCCUGCAAAGGAAUGCGUUAGCAGAAUCAGCUCAAUCCAGAAACAUUCAUACUCUGAUCUUUAUGCUCGUCAUUUGGGAGAUUAUCAGAAACUUUUCAACCGGGUCUCUUUGCAACUCUCCGGCAGCUCGGCUAGUAAAUCUGUGAAACAAGCAGUUUCAACUGCUGAAAGGGUGCGAUCAUUUAAAACCGAUGAAGACCCUUCAUUGGUGGAACUUUUAUUCCAGUAUGGUCGGUACCUUCUUAUAUCCUCUUCAAGACCCGGAACUCAGGUGGCUAACUUGCAGGGGAUAUGGAACAAGGACACUCAGCCGCCAUGGGAUGGUGCUCCUCACCUGAACAUUAAUCUGCAGAUGAACUAUUGGCAUUCUCUUCCUGGUAACAUCCGGGAAUGUCAAGAACCUUUGUUUGAUUAUAUGUCUGCUUUAGCAAUCAAUGGCCGCAAGACAGCACAAGUGAACUACGGAGCAAGUGGUUGGGUGGCACAUCAAGUAUCAGACAUAUGGGCUAAAACUUCACCGGAUAGAGGUGAGGCAGUGUGGGCCCUCUGGCCCAUGGGAGGAGCUUGGCUAUGCACUCAUGCAUGGGAGCAUUACACCUACACAAUGGACAAGGAAUUUCUCAAAAAGAAAGGAUAUCCAUUGUUGGAAGGAUGUACGGCCUUUCUUUUGGACUGGCUGAUCAAAGGUAAAGACGGAUAUCUCCAGACCAAUCCAUCAACAUCACCUGAGCAUAUGUUUACUGCUCCGGAUGGCAAACCUGCCAGUGUUAGCUACUCAUCAACCAUGGACAUUGCCAUCGUAAAGGAAGUCUUCUCUGCUAUUGUUUCUGCGUCAGAGGUUUUGGGAAAAACAAAUGAUACUCUUGUUGGAAAAGUCGUUGCUGCUCAAGCAAAUCUUCCGCCCACUAGAAUAUCAAAGGAUGGUUCUGUAAUGGAAUGGGUAGAAGAUUUUGAGGACCCAGAGGUACAUCAUAGACAUGUUUCACAUCUCUUUGGUCUCUUCCCAGGUCACACAAUCACACUUGAAAAGUCUCCAGAACUUGCCAAAGCUGUGGAAGUAACACUUAAGAAAAGAGGAGAGGAAGGGCCAGGGUGGUCCACCACUUGGAAAGCUGCGUUGUGGGCAAGGCUUCACAAUAGCGAGCACGCGUAUCGGAUGGUUACACAUAUAUUUGACCUGGUGGAUCCUUUACACGAACGUAACUAUGAAGGAGGACUCUAUAGUAACUUGUUCACAGCACACCCGCCGUUCCAGAUCGAUGCCAAUUUUGGAUUUUCAGCAGCGGUAGCGGAAAUGUUAGUGCAGAGCACGACCAAGGAUCUAUAUUUGUUGCCUGCACUUCCAGAGGAUAAAUGGCCUAAUGGUUAUGUGAAAGGGCUAAGGGCACGUGGUGGUGUGACGGUUAGUAUAAGGUGGAUGGAAGGGAAACUUGUAGAGUUUGGUCUUUGGUCGGAACAGAUUGUGUCCACCAGAAUAGUGUACAGAGGAAUCUCUGCGGCUACCACAUUGUCGCCAGGGAAAGUCUUUACUUUUGACAAAGAUUUGAGAUGCAUUCGGACAGACAAUUUAUAGAUGUAAGAGACGAGAUUCUUGAUUCUCAUCUGUUUUUUUUGCUCAUUGAAUAGAGGAAGAGUAUUGUUUGUCCAUCGUUCCACGAGUUACAGUAUAUGUGCAAGUAUAACACACAUGUAUGAUGUAUCCAAAAGGUUGAUAAUAAUGUAUCCCCUUUGUAUCAUUACUUUUAAUAAUUCAUAUGGCUUCAUGCUGUAUCAAUAUUAACAUGAUUCAGAUGA